AUGUGCUGUUACAAACAACAGUACAGAGAGAAAGGUUUUAAGACCUAUGCUGAUCUUAUUUCUUGUCUCUUGCUUGCUGAGCAGAAUAAUGAGUUAUUAAUGAGAAAUAGUGAGAUGAGACUUGUUGGCUCAGCAGCACCACCUGAAGCACACAACACUGAGGACGAUAAAGAGUCCCACCAUGUCCAAGGAAACGGCUAUUAUGGCCGUGGUCGAGGAAGUAGAUACAGACGUGGCCGUGGCCGAGGUUCCUUUGGCCGCGGAAGAGGUAAUCAGAAUGGACGAGAUCAUGGACAUGAUCGUGGCUCAUUUGGACGAGGCCAUGGUCGUGGACGUGGAUCUUCGUUUAAGCCUCAACACUCGACCAAAUCAAGUAAAUCAGUAUGCCAUAGAUGUGGAAUGGACAAUCAUUGGGCUAAGACUUGUAAAACUCCAAAGCAUCUUGUUGAGCUUUAUCAAGAGAGUUUGAAAGGGAAGAAUCCCGAAGCCCAUAUGGUUUAUCAAGACAAUGAAAAAGACUUCGAUCAUGACAAGGACGAUCUUAUGGAUUAUGAAACUUCGGAUUGUUUUAAAGACUGA